AUGGAACUCAGUAACCGGAAAGCCGAAGCAAUCGACGCUUCUGUCGUAGAAGCCGACCAGGAUGGGUACACUCGAGACGAGAGAGACCUGGUUCGCCUGGGCAAAAAGCCAGUUCUGAAGCGCAAUUUUGGCUUCAUGCAGAUCCUGGGCUUCUCGUGUACCGUACUGGUGACCUGGGAGGGCAUCCUCUCCUGGGUUGCCAUGUUGGCUCCACCUUCAUCCAGGAAGUUUCUAAGUUACAUCACCGGUUGGGUAACGUUGAUUGGAUGGCAAGCCACAACUGCCUCGUCGGCGUACCUUGGUGGAUCAAUAUUGCAGAGCGUUGUUUUGAUCUUGCACCCUGAUUAUUCCCCCAAGCCGUACCAGGCUAUGCUGCUCGGAUGGACAGUCCUCGCCUUCGCGGUGAUCAUUAAUACCGUUGGUAGCAAGACGCUUGCUCACUUUGAAGGGUUGAUCUUGAUACUCCACGUCCUUGGAUUUUUCGCCAUUCUCAUUCCCUUGGUUUAUCUAGCACCACACAGCGAUGCAUCAAUCUUCACCACAUUUGUCAACUCAGGUGGCUGGUCAACUCAAGGCCUUUCUUUCAUGGUCGGACUACCAUCGUCUGUGUUCGCGCUUGUCGGUGUUGACUCAUGUGUCCAUAUGGCUGAAGAAGUCAAGGAUGCGUCGAGGGUAGUACCAAGAGCUAUCCUGAUCAGCGUCUUCCUUAACGGUGCUCUCGGCCUUGCCAUGAUGGUGGCCUAUCUUUUCUGUAUCGGCAAUCUGCAAGACGUCCUGGAGAACUCAGUGACCCUCGGAUAUGCGUAUCUUUACGUGUUCCUCAAGGGCACCGGAUCGCCUGGUGGUGCUAUGACCAUGGCCUUGCUCAUGUGGUUUCUGGGUGUUUGCUGCCUUGUCGGUCUCAUGGCCGCUACUUCCAGACAGAUGUGGUCUUUCGCAAGAGACAAUGCCGUCCCGUUUUCGUCGCAGGUGACCAAGGUCCACCCCAAGACACGGAUUCCUGUCACAGCCAUCUUCAUCACAGCUGCAAUCUCGAUAUUGCUAUCCUUUAUCGCUCUCGGGUCAUACGUCGCAUUCAGUAAUGUCGUCAACCUCAGCAUUGGUGGCCUCUACGCAUCCUACUUCAUUGUGUGUUCCUUGCUUCUCGGGAGACGCCUGCAGGGCAUAAGUGCAUACAACGCGCACGCGGCGCUGGUGGGGCCAGAUAGCCUGCAAUGGGGUCCCUGGAAGGUGCCGGGUAUCUUCGGGGUGGCCAACAACCUGUUCGCAUGCUGCUACCUCCUUGUCCUCUGGUUCUUCUCUUUCUGGCCAGGAUCGGUCGAGGUCGAUGCACAGUCUAUGAAUUUCAGCUCAGUCACAUUUGGGGGCACUGUUCUUUUCGCAAUUUUUUGGUACUACGUCAGGGGUAGGAAGACGUACAGAGGCCCGAUUAUAGAGACGGCAAAGGUAUAG